AGUGUUGGUGGCGUUGUUCAAUUUUUUAUCUUUCGAAAGUAAAUUUAUCCAUUUUUUUAAAUACUGCUUAAAAACUCUUGUACCAUUAAAAUAUUUUUAAUUAAGAAAUACAUUAUAUAUCUGUCUUAGGAGAUAAUGGACUCACAAAAGUAUUCACAUUUGAAUUAUAUGUUAAACUGAAUUGGUUGUUGAAGAAUAUUCACUAAGUUCUCACUUUCUGCAGAUUUGUCCUAAGAUCUUCACUCAAAUGAGUGUUUCCCAGGUUUCAAUUAGAAAAUCUUCAUUCGUAACCCAUUAAGUGUAAUGCUUGUUUCCAUAUAGGUAAAUGGAAUUAAUUUAUAUUUUUUACUAUUAUCUCACUCCUUUUUUGGUACCUUACGUAGUGUAUAAUCUUGAAAUAGGAAGGAAAUUAAAAAUUAUUAUGAUAAACGUGAUGAACUGAAGGCUGGUAUAGAUUAUUCAAAAUCAUUUUCUAAUUCGUAAGUUCACUAUCAAUUCCAAAUGAAUCUCAUACUUUUUAUUUUGUCUGUAGUUUCUCAAAAUUUCUUAAUAUCCCCAUUUUGUUAUUGUAUAACCACAAUAAUUGAAUGAAGAAUAUAAUAUACAAAUAAUGAUUUUGUUCAUCUACCCAUGUUCUAAUAAAGUAUCAGCAGAUAAAAGGAAAUUCAAAGCAACCAAAUAUUUAUUCUCAGCAACCAAAACGACUAUUCAACAGUUUCACUUAUAUUUUUAGUAUCUUGCCUCAAAGAGGAUUAAAACUGCAUUACCUAAAUUACUAAAUAAUAUUAGAAUCUGGAAAAAAAUUGAAUAUUGUUUAGUUUCUUUUUGCAUCAUUAAAAAGAAUUCUUUUCAUAAACAUUUCAUUUUGUGGACAACUACAGUGAACUGUUUUAAAAUAAUUAGCUCUUUUUAAAGCUUGAUUUAUAUGAAAUACAUUGCAUCGUCUACGAAAUUAAGAAUUUCAUGCAAGUUUUUUCUAUUCAAUGAAAUCUAUAUUUUCUUGUUUCCAUUUUUAUUGUUUCAUUUGUGUAGACUCUCUAAUAUAUCCUCAAUGUUUUACAUUCUUACCAAAAAGUGUUUGUUAGUUCAUUUCUUUCUCCUUUUUUAUAAAUAUUCUCAAUUGAAAUUAAUACUUUGAAACAAUACAAUAAUUUAAAUUUUUUAAUGGUAUGACUGUUUGGCGGAGAGGGGUGGUUUUUAAUAUACCAUGGACGUCGGCCAUAUCUUACAGUUUCGGAGCAGGACCGGAUUAAGAUUUAUAUGUCCUGGGACUAAAAUAAUAAAGGUGCACUUUACGGAAUUCGAAACCCGGAAAAAUUAAAAAAAUAAUAUUAUCUAUACGUCAGAUUUGUAGUAUGAACACAUUAAAAAAUACAGAAUGAUGGAGCCCUCUUGGACCUGGGACCCGGGACUAUAGCCCCCAUUCCCUCAGCUUUAUCCGACCCUGCUUCGGAGAAAAAAAAAUAUAACAAAACUGGCCCUGAGACACACGUGGAUUUUAUGUUCACCUCUGGAGGGCGUAUUUAGAAAAUAUAGAAUUAAAAAAGCAAUUUUUUUUGUAUGUACCCAAUUAAGUGUAACGUUAUAUACGAUAAUCGAAUUCUUCAACAAAUUAUAGGCAUUUUUCAUUUGACAAGGCUUAGUCUAAUCUUUCAAAUAAGAGGUGUGGGAGAGUGGGAACCUCGUUAUGAGAAAAUGUCUGGAAGUCCGGUUCUGCUUAGACAAUUUUUAUAAACUGAUUUUGUUUGAAAGAGCUUUCGCCCCGCAAUACAAAAUAUAUAAAUUUCAAGCAAUUUAAUUAGCUAGAGGACGUUGUUUCAUAUAUUUUAGAUACUGCGAUUUCUAUUGGCAUAUUUAAAUAGAAGCGUUUAAGUAAAUAAUAGAUAAAUAAAAAACUAUAUUAACAUUAAAAUAGUGAAAACCGCAUGUCGAUAUUUUUUUCUGUCUUGACAUAUCUUUAGAAUUGUGUGAACAGCGAGAAUUUUCUUUUAAACAUCGACCGAACGGAAAUUGAAAAUUUAUUCUUGAUGGAAGGUCCGGCGCGAAAGGAAUCGGGGAAACGUGGAAGAAAGCCAGGCAGGAAAUCGGCGGAAAAAGUGGACAUGAAAGCCAAAUUAGAACGCAGUAGACAAAGUGCCAGAGAAUGUAGAGCUCGUAAGAAAUUACGUUACCAAUAUUUAGAAGAACUAGUUGCAGAUAGAGAAAAAGCGGUAUUUGCUCUAAGAAAAGAGCUCGAACAGUAUGUUUUUUGGGCGAAAGAAAUUGAUGCCGGUAGAAUUCCAGAGGGUAUUCAUGAAGCUCUUGAAGACUUGAAUAUUAAUCAAGAACAAAAGUGAAGUGAAUGUGCUAUUGUGAUAAUUGAGGAACUAUACAGAUACAAGGAAAGUGUUAUUUUUUAGGAGACAUGUACACAAUUUAUAUUUAUUAUACUAUAUGAUGGAAUAUAUUUUAUCUA